AUGGCGUCGCCCAAGAAGAAGAAGGAGCCCCAGAAGCCUCGUCAGCCUUCGUCUGCCAAACGCCCCAGAGCUGCGUCGUCGUCUUCUCCGAAGGCCCCCAAGCGCAAGCGGGCGACUGCCGCGGGGCGAGAGCUCGUGACGCCCGACGUCUGGUUCUCGCGUGCUGUCGCCGACUCUCUAGUGAUGCCCCGCGCGCCCAUCAAGCGACCCAAGCCCAAGCCGCGUAAGCGCAAGCCUCGCCAGCGACAGCGUCAUCGAGAAGAGGGGAAAGGGGCGGCAAGGGUGAAGCGCUCCUGCGUGCUCGCCGAACUCAAGAUCACGGCGCCGCUCCUUACUUGCAUGGCGGAGGCUCCUCUUGAGGAGGUGAAGAGGCAGAAGGAGCAGCAGCAACAGCAACUAUCGAAAGCUGCGUUGCAGUCCAAGGCAGCCUCGACGGAGACCGAGCAAACGUCCCUGAUGGAUCUGACGUUCUCGGCCAAUAGAGCGUACAACCGGUUUGUCUUCCUCUCGUGCGAGGGCCUGUCAAACCCGGCAUUCCAAGACGCCAUGACGGCCGUGCUGGCCUCGAGGACCCAGCUCUUCCGCAUGAGGAUGGAAGGCGAGAAGACGACGUUUCCGGUGCUCGGCUUCCGCAGCGAGCGUGCGAGCAGUAACUCGAUCGCCGUUCGUACUACGAAGGUUCGCGGUUUUGGGUUGGUCGACGAUGGCGGCAAACACUGUUCAAUUAGUUUCUUCGGUGCAGCACUGGGCAAGGGCGUCCGCAUGAGCCACGCAGUUCCGACUCCCGAGAACUCGGCCCCCCUCAUCCGUGUGCGCGGGGGCAAGCAUUGUACCUCGCGUUCUCCACGCACAAGGUGA